AUGGCUGACAACGAGGCGCGUGCCCCCCCGGCCGCUGUCGCCAAGACAACCGGCGGCAACAGUGCAUUCCGCAACUUCCACAACGACUUUGCUCAUAUCGCCGACCCCAACGAGCGUCGUCGUCUUGCCCUCGCCGAGAUCGACAGGGCUCCCUUUGGCUGGUAUCAUGUUCGAGCCUGUGUUGUCGCCGGUGUCGGCUUCUUCACUGACUCUUACGAUAUCUUCUGCGUCUCCAUGCUAACCAUCAUGCUUGGCAUUGUCUACUAUCCCGCCACGGGCAAGCUUCCUACCAGCGCGGAUAACGCCAUCAAGCUCUCAACUUCGGCUGGUACUGUUAUUGGUCAGCUUGGCUUCGGUAUGCUUGCUGAUAUCUUCGGCCGAAAGCGCAUGUACGGUCUGGAACUCAUUGUCAUCAUCUUUGCUACCCUCGGUCAGGCCUUGACUGCUGGCUCUCCAUCUACCUCUCUUAUCGGAAUUAUCAUCUUCUGGCGAGUCCUCAUGGGCGUUGGUAUUGGUGGUGACUAUCCUCUUUCUUCUAUUAUUACUUCUGAGUUCGCGACCACCAAGUGGCGAGGAGCUAUGAUGGCUGCUGUAUUUGCCAUGCAGGGAAUGGGCCAGCUCUGCGCCGCCCUGGUCAUGAUGUUCCUCACUCUCGGCUUCAAGUCCCAGCUUGAGGGCGCCCCCAAUCAGACUAGCUGCACUGGCGGUUGCCAGGUCGCCGUCGACAAGAUGUGGCGUACCCUGGUCGGCUUCGGUGCCGUUCCCGCUUGCAUUGCCCUUUACUACCGUCUCACCAUCCCCGAGACCCCUCGCUACACCUUCGAUGUCGCCCGCGAUGUCGAGAAAGCCGACGAGGAUGUCAAGGCCUACAUGACUGGCAAGCGUGAGGGUGAGACUGAUGAGGUCGCUCGCGCUCAGGUCCAGCAGGGUGCUCGCGAGAACCUUCAGGUGCCCAAGGCCGGCUGGGGUGACUUCUUCCGCCACUACGGCAAGCUCAAGAACUUCUUGCUUCUGCUCGGAACUGCUGGAUCAUGGUUCAGCCUUGAUGUGGCCUUUUAUGGACUCAGUUUGAACAACGGUACUAUUCUCAAGGUUAUUGGCUACUCGAGCAAGGAUGCCCACAACGUGUACGAGUUCCUAUACAACACCGCCGUCGGCAACAUCAUCAUUGUCCUUGCUGGCGCUGUUCCUGGCUACUGGGUUUCCGUUGCCACUAUUGAUACUCUUGGCCGUAAAACUAUUCAGCUCGGUGGCUUCAUCAUUCUUACUAUUCUCUUCAUUGUUAUGGGUUUCGCUUACCACCAUAUUUCCUCCAACGGUCUGCUCGCCAUCUACGUGCUUGCCCAAUUCUUCUUCAACUUCGGUCCCAACACUACCACCUUCGUUGUCCCCGGUGAAGUCUUCCCCACCCGUUACCGAUCCACCUCUCACGGUAUCUCUGCCGCCUCCGGCAAGAUUGGAUCCAUCAUCGGCCAGGGCGCCAUAUCCAUCCUUCGUACCCGUGGUGCUACCAAGGACAAUGAGGCUCCCUGGAUGGACCACGUUCUUGAGAUCUAUGCUCUUUUCAUGCUUCUCGGUUGCCUUACUACCCUCCUCAUUCCCGAGACUGCUCGCAAGACUCUUGAGGAGCUCAGCGGCGAGGAUGACUACGCCAACGCUGACACUUAUGCCUUGCGCCGUCAAGUUCGCGCCACCGUCGCUGCCCUCCUACAACAGCAAGGCAGGGAAAAGCCUAUCGGCGUAUAUUGGCUAGCUAGGUUUAUGAAACGACAUCCGUCCAUAAAGACCAAGAUAGGAAAACGCCAGGAGGCGUUGAGGUUCAAUUGUUUUACCUCGACCGCCGUCAAUUGGUACUUUGAUAUCCGCGAGAGCGAAUAUGGCUGGAUCAAACCUGAGAAUACUGUUAAUGUUGACGAGGGCGGCUUUAUGGCCGGAUUUGGCUUGGAUUCCUUAGUUAUCGGCAGUAGCGACCCUAAGAAGAAAGCCUUCCUCAAAGGCUCCCAGUCCCGCACUUGGACCAGCUUUCUCGAAGCCGCAACUGCAACUGGCCGUCUUCUGAAGCCGGGGAUUAUCUUUAAAGGCAAAGAGCUUCAGCAACAGUGGUUUAUUGAUGAGCUCAAGGAAGUGGCUGACUGGUAUUACAUCACGUCCGACAACGGCUGGAUAGACAACCAUAUCGCGGUCGAGUGGCUCAAACAGGUCUAUCUUCCCCAAACACAACCGGAAGAUGAGUCAGAUGCGAGGCUUAUCAUACUAGAUGGUCAUCGAAGCCAUGUAUCUGAUGAGUGGAUGGCUACGUGCUUUUUGAACAACGUGUAUUGUUGUUACCUGCCGGCUCACUGCUCCCACGGCCUACAACCACUCGACAAUGGUCUAUUUAAUGCAUCUAAGGCGGCCUAUCGCAAAGAACUCCAAAAGCUGAUAAGCCUGACUGAUUCUGCGCUGGUGGAUAAGGUCAACUUCAUCAAGGCCUAUGCCAAAGGCAGAGAAGUGGGUAUGACGAAGAAAAAUAUCCUUUCUGGUUGGAGAGUGACUGGAAACUGGCCGAUUUCACGAUGGAAAGCGCUCAUACAUCCUGAGAUCCAGCCUGACAAGAAGGAAACGACGCCCGCAUUAGACGGCCUCAGCGACGGGCAACGCGACUCUGAUAACACGCCAAAGACCAGCCGUCAUAUCAGGGAUCUGGGGAAGAACAAAAGCCCUUCAACAAGAAGGCGCUAUUCUGUGAUAUCGAAAGGUUUCGAAGCAUAA